GAUUGGAGACUACAUAAGACUUUGACAGAUGGCGGGAAACCCUCAUGAACUGGAUAGAAGCCGGUAGAGGAAUGUCUGCGACUAAGCCGAGGGCCACUGGAUAAGGGUUGUUGAUGGCAAAACAGUAUCCUAUAUUCAUGGACGUAUGCAAGAAGGCAUUGUAAAAAAGCUACUAGGUAAACUACCGGCCUGAUCAGUUAAAGUCAUGCCGAAACGGCUCAAAAACUAACUCUAAUCGCCAGGCCGAGGAGGCGGUAUAUUAUUUCCUUUCAGUUUAUUUUACGGAAUCCCGAUAGUGCGAUCUAUAAUCUCGCCCUUCCUUCCUCAAGGGCGACACACGAUACACGAUGUAUUGCGUGACAAUGUGUAGGUUGCCCAAAAGGCGAUAUAUCAUGUUAAAUAUAUAGUUCGUCGCCACGACUGUCGCGCAAAAUAUCGUGUAUCGCUUCGUGUGUCGUGUGUCGCUCUUGAUGAAAGAAGGGCGAGAUUAUCGAUUGCACUUUCCAGAAUCCGUAGUGUUUAGCAUUUGACGAUGAUUAAAUAAUUGCAUUCGUUAACUUUACAUACAAUUAAUUGAAAUCGAAACCUUUAACAUGAAAUGAUAAACAAGUGCAUUAAAGACAUAUGCAGUCAAAGAAAUCUACAGUUUUUAUUGGACGCGUUAGUUUCUCCAUAAGUUUAACAGGAAAUAUUACAAAAAGUACAUGUUUAUUAUUGUAGUUAUACAUUGUUAAAGAUCAAACGCAGUUUUAAAACGAGCGUUUUAAUACACACUCGCACUUUGCAAUAAAAUAUUACCAGCCGUUAUAGCUGCAAUUUUCCUGUAUUGCACACUUGUUGCAAUAAUAUGAAUGCAGAUAUGCUUAUAUUUUUAUAUGAUUUUUAUGAACGUUUUUGUACAAUUAAUAACUCCUGAUUUACUAUAAGGAAAAUAUGUUUGUGUUGCUUAUAUAAGUGUAAGUAUACCAUUGACAUAUUAACAUUCCAUAAUGAUAUAAACUCAUCUGUAAUAUUGUUUCUUGUAUCUAACUGCAUAACUGUGUCAAUGGCUGACCAAGGCAUCAGCCGUGAUGAACCAGGAGAGGUCCCUAAACAGUUUCAAAAUGAACAAGCCUCUGCUGAGACUUCUACUGUAAUGAAUGUUCUGGGUUAUGGCCCUCACAUCCGACAGGCUCGGAUAGAAGCAUACAAGGCUUGGGCCAGGCAUAGUACUGCAAAGGCGCGUGGUAUUGUAACGUAUAUCACCACGGGUAGCAAGGCUGAGGGUCUGACCAGCUAUCUGGAGAGCGAUACAGACCACUUGAUUGUUCCAGAAAGUGUCAUCUGUUUAGAAGAUGGUGUUGAUUCAAGUAGCGUUCCUGUGGAGAAAACCAUAUUUAGAUCCUGCAGUCGUAUUAGUUACUCCGGACACUAUAGACUGCUACUAGAGAGAUGCGGUACACAUAUUUCGGAUGUAGUGUACAACGCCUUGUGUGAUGAUGGAUUUGGUCGCGGACUAUUAAGCAGCGACUUAUAUGUUACUCAGUGGUUAAACCUUAAACAGGGGGAAGGCACAGUACAACAUGAGCGUGCUGGACCGUCAACGCCACGUACAAUACGUGUUCUUGAUGUAGAUUACGUGCAUGCGCUCCAUUUUUACUGCCCCAGCAUCCUAACAAGAUGGGCGGCAAGACAUCGCUAUUGGCCAUCACCUGACGUCAAACGUUCUUGGAUAGCUACUAUUGAUGAAAUGAUGACCGAAGGUCCCCGGAUGAUAUUGCGACUACCGAAGAUACGACAAGCCAUCAUAGCUCACCCUGAGCCACUACGAUGGUUCAGCGGGAGGAAAAUAGAGAAUGAGAUGCUGGAGCUGAUAUGCAUGAACAGAUUGGCCCUCGGCAUGGAUGAAGACACGGAUGUUAUUAUACAGGCAAUAAACAGUCGUCAGAAGGAGAUUUUAGGGAGGUUUGGAUGA